CACCAUGUACGUGAGCUACCUGCUGGACAAAGAGGGGCCCUCCAUGUACCCGGGCUCGGUGCGCCACGCCGGGGGGCUGAACCUGGCCGCCGCCCAGAACUUCGUGGGCGCCCCGCAGUACGCGGACUACGGCGCCUACCACGUGCCCGCCGGCCUGGGGCUGGACAACGCGCAGUCGCCCGGCUCGCCCUGGCCCGGAGCCUACGGCGCGCCCCUCCGCGAUGACUGGAACGGCUACGGGCAGGCGGCGGCUCCCGGGGUGGCGGCCAACGCCGUGCAUGGACCUGCCGCGGCCGGCCUGGCCUACAGCCCGGCCGGGGAUUACCACCCGCACGCCCACCACCACCACCCGGCCCAGGGCCCGCCGGCGCCGCCCUGCGGGGUCCCUCCCGCCGGGGGCCUGAUGCAGCCUCUCAGCGCGCCGCCCGGAGCAGAGCCGCUCUCCCCUGGAGGCCAGCGGGGGAACCCCUGCGAGUGGAUGAGGAAGCCGGCGGCUGGGGGACCCGUGAAAACCCGGACGAAAGACAAGUACCGUGUCGUCUACACAGAUCACCAGCGUCUGGAGCUGGAGAAGGAGUUUCACUAUAGCCGUUAUAUCACCAUCCGGAGGAAAGCUGAGCUGGCAGCCACACUGGGAUUGUCGGAGAGACAGGUGAAAAUCUGGUUUCAGAACAGGAGGGCAAAGGAGAGAAAGAUCAACAAGAAGAAGCUGCAACAAUCUCAGCCGGGUGGUGUGCACAGCGGAUCAGAACCCAUGAGCCCAGUCUCCUCUAUGCAGCCAGGGACAAACGGUUCAGGCCCGAAUGGAGGUGUGUUGGGUGCCGCUGGCCUAGCACCGCCCGCUGCACAGUGACGGCAGCUGGAAUGAAAGACUGAGCGGAUGGACAUACCUGCCCUUCUUGAGAAAGGGAGGGGCUUGUGUACAUCAGCCCCACCCCCCAGUGGGAAAGGCCGCUAGUCCAUCUGUGAAAUGCAUGGGGUGAGCGGGUGGCGCUCCUUCCCACCUGAGAACUGGGAUGGACUUUCCUGCACCACCCCACCACACUCCACCCUUUGCUGCAUGUUUGUACAAAAUGCACUGUGAGCGACCCCACGUUUUGUUGGGACAAGGGAGUGAAGGGAAUUAAUUUUUUAAAAAAAUUGUUUUUGCUUUUCUUCUUCCACACUGCAGUAGGUGCCAAGUAGCCAACACUUCUCUUCAGCCAACACUUCACCGUGAAAAUACCAAAUCUCAGGGAAUUGAGCCUGGAAUGCCUUUUUUUCUUACUGCUGUUGUUUGUUGCCAAUGUUGUUGGGCUAUUGAUAAAUUCUGAUAGGGGAAA